AUGGACUCAAAACCAGAAACCGAUUCUGUGAAGCUCGGGACUGAACAAGCUGGUCAAUACUUGCUCACUGCAGAGGAUGCCGAGCUUUUGCGGGAGAUUCUCAAAGACAAUAUCUCAUAUCAGUCGGGUGAGAAGCGAAAAUUUAGGUUCCAGGACUUGAAAUUCACCCAGCAGCUGAGUACUUUUCAAAAUUUGGGAACCACUGCCCCCCAGUUCCAUGGCUUUUUUGUUCUCUUCUGGAUUGGGGUAACCCUGAUGCUGUUCAGGCUUGCUGCCAACAAUUGGAGAAGCUAUGGCAGCAUAUGGGGCAAGAACGAGAUUAUCCGUCUAAUGUUCGAUAAAGAUGUCAUGGUCCUCGGACUGACUGAUUUACUCCUUUGUUGGUCUACGGGGUUCUGUUUAAUACUGCAACGAGUGGUACUCAAGGGAUAUAUUCGCUGGAAUGGUCUUGGUUGGAUCAUUCAGAAUAUCUGGCAAACUACAUACCUUGGAGUCGUUAUAUGGUGGACAUAUCAUCGCGAUUGGCCGUGGACACACACGGUCUUUAUCGUAUUGCAUUGCUUGGCUAUGCUGAUGAAGCAACACAGCUAUGCAGCUUACAAUGGUUACUUAUCGGAAAUGUACCGCAAACGAAAUAUGCUUAAAGCAAGCCUUGACCAAACCAAAGCCAAAGAAAGAGGACUUGCUAUUUCUACCAAGAUAGGACAUUCUUCUGCAGUUGAUGCAGAACUCAAUGCUGAGAUUACAGAUCUCAAGAGAAAAGACUCUAGUCGGCGCUCUUCUGACCUUCAAAACUAUUCUCCUUCCCAUGAAACCGAUCAGCUUUUAUCUCUUGUUGGAACAAUUGAGACCGGCGUGCCACUUAAACCGAAUCAGGUGAAGUCCAUCCGAGAACUGCUCGAGCAGGAGAUCGAGGUAUUAUCUGAGGGAUUAAAGGGCCGGUGUUCACUGACCAACAACCACUAUCCCCAAAACUUGACAAUAAGAAAUGUCUGCGAUUUCAUGGCAUUACCUACAUUGGUCUAUGAGCUCGAAUACCCACGGACCAAGAAAAUUGAUUGGCUCUAUGUCGCAGAGAAAACACUGGCCACAUUCAGCAUCAUUGUGGUUAUGAUCGUAGCCUCUCAAUCGUGGAUAUACCCGGUGGUGAUGGAUACGGUGCGUAUGAAAGAGGAGGGAAUGACCGCGCAGCAGAGACUUCGGGAAUUUCCCUGGGUUCUCGGGGAUUUGCUUUUUCCAUUCAUGAUGGAGUAUCUACUAGCGUUCUAUGUGAUCUGGGAAUGUGUUCUCAACGCUCUAGCCGAAAUCACCAUGUUUGCAGACCGAGGGUUCUAUUCCGAUUGGUGGAACUCGGUCUCGUGGGAUCAGUUCGCGCGGGAUUGGAACCGUCCUGUCCAUAACUUCUUAUUUCGGCAUGUAUACCAUGGCUCUAUCAGCGAAUAUCUUGAGGUUUACAUUUCACGCCCCGAGUAUUCUACUAAGCGUGCUAUCCUGCUGCUCUCUGAUGUAAUUGGUCACCGCUUCAUUAAUGCGCAGCUUAUUGCGGAUCAGCUAGCGGCAAAUGGCUACCUGGUUGUCAUGCCAGACCUAUUCCACGGUGAUCCGGUACUGCUGAACCGCCCCGCUAGCUUCGAUUUGAUGACAUGGCUAAAAGGCCCCCCCGGUCAUCCGACAAACCGUGUAGAUCCUGUGGUCCAGGCGAUACUAAAGGAAAUGAAGUCCAACAUGGGCUGCGAGCGGGUCGGUGCUGUCGGUUAUUGCUUUGGUGCAAAAUACGCCGUCCGACUGCUCCAGCCAGGUCUUUGCGAUGUUGCCUAUGUGGCACACCCCAGUUUCGUCGACAUAGAGGAAUUACAAGCAAUCCAAGGCCCGCUGUCUAUUGCUGCAGCUGAAACCGACUCGAUCUUCCCGACCCCAAAGCGCCAUGAAUCCGAGGAUAUUCUGGCUAAGACUGGCCAGCCGUACCAGAUCAACUUGUUCAGUGGCGUUGAGCAUGGGUUUGCUGUCCGCGCAGAUAUCACCAAGCCGACAAUCCGCUUUGCCAAAGAGUCUGCCUUUUUGCAGGCAGUCGCAUGGUUUGAGCAGUACCUUUAA